UAUAUAUAUAAACGCAGACGGUGACAAAAAAAGCAUUGUAUUUAAAGAGAUUUGCCACUUGCAAAGGAAGGUCAAAACAAGAAAGUGACAGACGUCAACAGCGACAGCAACAAAACUGAACGACACAAACGCAUCACAAACACAUUAAAAGAGAGACGAGACACUAACAAUUACGACAACAUUACGACACACAACACAGGAAGUUUCUAUCGAAUACGAAGUUUUCACCAGUUUUAGAAGUUUUUAUUGGGUAGACUUGAAGUCGUUUCUAUUAAACUCUGGAAGAUGCCCAACUCCAUGAUUGCUGUUUUCUUCAUAUUCGUUCUUAAAACAGUGGCACUGGCAGAUGAAGUAGACACCAAGAUACCAUGCCCGGAUUUUUGUAAAUGUAAAUCAAUCGAUAAAAUGGAAUGUAGUGUUGAAAGCUUACCACUUUCUUUACCUGCAGGAAAAUUUAAAAGAAUAAGUUUUGAUAAUAAAGGGGAGACGUUGGUAGAUAUACCGGCUCCUGUCAUCAAAAUGCAACCAAAUACAUCAAUUGACACUCUCGUAUUGCAAUAUCUUAAUAUCAGCACAAUCAAAACGAACGCUUUCGAAGGUUUGGGGAAUAUCAAACUACUUUUGAUUAGCCAUUCAAGCAUUAAGAAAAUUGAACCAUAUGCUUUCAGAAAUCUAGACAUCACCAAGUUCAUGUUCCUUAACGAUUCUAUUGAUACAAUUGAAUCCUUUGCUUUCUCUGAAUUCAAUGCCUCAACCUUUAACAUUUUCAAAAGUAAUAUUAGUACAAUACAGACAGCAACAUUCAAUAAAAUCACAUCUAAACUCCUUAUAGCCUUGAGUACUAUCGAAGAUAUGCAAGCACAGGCUGUAAGCAAUGGAACACUCACGGGCUUUAUUGCAUUAAAAAGCCGAAUUAUUCAAUUUGGUUGUAAUAAUUUUCAUAAUAUAUCCUUAGUAAAAAUUAAAGCAAACAUGACCUGUAAUUGUAACAGUGUUUGGUUGAUGGAAAAUGUUUUAACUUCGGAUGCAAAUUUGGAAAAUAUAAUUUGCCUAGCUCCACCUAGUCUGGCUGGCAUAUCUUUAUCGCAGCUGAACAAAACAGACUUAUGCAACAGUUCUACUAUUACAGAUUCAGUGUGUCCAAACAUAACUCUUAUUAUGGAAUAUAUUAAAUCUAAUGCCAACAAAUGGGAUGCCUCUUUAACUAUGUUAGUGUUCAUCGUCAGUUAUAUCCUUUUCAUUUCAUUGAAAUAAAAGGAUGUGUGUGUGUGUGUGUGUGUGUGUGUGUGUGUGUGUGUGUGUGUGUGUGUGUGUUGUGUGUGUGUGUGGUGUUAACUGACGGAAGGAGGAGUACUCGAUACCUAACGAAUGAUUAAUAACAUUUUUUUUUAUUUUGAUGAAGUCAGUCUCUUGCUUCUCUGAGUUUCAGUUGUAUGUGUAGUGUCUUCAGAUAAGUUACGACUUGCCUCAAAAUCAUAACUAAAAGAAGCAAGAGGAUAACUCAACGUGUGUGUGUGUGGGAGGGGGUGCUUGUGUGUUUGUGUGUGGGUGUGUUUGUGUAUGUAUGUGUGUGUGUGUGUGUGUAGAAUAAAUUGUGUGCAUAUAGCUAGAUGUACGAAUGCUACUGUUAUGUCUAGACUUUUAUGAUUCAGUUUGCUUUCUGUAUAGUUGUUAAGUAAUUUCUAUACUGAGCAGUAUAACUUGUGAGCUGCAGAGCAAACGUAAGAAAAAUAAAAAUAAAUACGAGUUUAUAUUAAAGUUCCUGUGAGCAUUUCACCAUUAUAGUUCUUUGGAACCCUGCAGUAGUUCUAAAUGCACAUACUCAACCACAAUGAACACUUUAUUGCAUCAAGUUACAGAUAGGGACAUAGUAAUCUAUAACUUGAUAUAAUGAAGUAUUCCUAGGGGAUUCGUUGUAGUUAAGCAUCUAUAUGAAUGUAGAACUUUUAUCGGAGGACUCUGUGCAAAUGUAUGUAUGUAUGUAUGUAUGUAUGUAUGUAUGUAUGUAUGUAUGUAUGUAUGUAUGUAUUUACACAUAUUUGAAGACCCACAAAGAUCAGAACUUAACUGCAGCUCUUGAUGGUCCAAAGUAGAUAAACAAUUUAUGUGGGUGUCUUUUCAAAACGUUGUCUGGUUUAAAAAGCCACAUCAGACGCCAUAAUAGAUCUAAGGAGUAAGUGCAAAAGGUGAUCAGACUCUGCAUAAGGAAUAGACAACCACCAUGUAUGUAUGUAUGUAUGUAUGUAUGCAUGUAUGUAUGUAUGUAUGUAUGUAUGUACGUAUGCAUACAUGUAUGUGUGUAUGUAUUA